AUGUCGACGAAUCCCAAUCCUGGGUUCAAGCCAGAAUCAUGGAGUUUGUAUAGCGUCGGCGCAUUCCUCGUCGUCCUGCGACUGGUCGGCAGGAUCAAACGGGUGGGCAUCAGACACCUCGAAAUCGAUGAUGCCCUUAUAACCUUUGGUUUCGUGGCCUACACGAUACUUGUGGUAGCCUUUAAUGAAAUGCUGGAUGGCCCAGGAUCCAAUUUGAUGACGCCUGAGGAGGAAGCUGCGCUUACACCCGAGAUCAAAGAAGGGCGCAUCCGGGGCAGCAAAUGGGUCUUCGUUUCUGAGCAUGCGGAACUUCUCACAAUUUGGAGCAUGAAGGCUGCCAUGUUGGUUCUAUAUGCAAAGUUGAUCGACAAAACUCGGCAACGCAAACUGCUCUGGGCGGUCGUGACAUGGGUGUGCUGCGCUUUCGUUGGGGAUGAACUGGCCCUCUUCACCAUAUGCCGGCCUCUGUCGCAAUAUUGGGCUGUUCCACCUCAAAAUUCCCAGUGCUCUACCUAUCAAUACUACCAGAUCGUCAACGCCGUCUUCAACAUUUCUACGGACAUCUUGAUCAUGCUCAUGGGUAUCCCUCCGGUCUUGUCCGCUCGCCUCUCGCUUCAGCAAAAAUUUAUACUCGGCAUUAUCUUCGGGAUGGGUGGCUUCGUCAUUGUCGCCGCCAUUCUGAGGGCGAUCUACUGCUUAGUCCCGUCGUUAAUUUCUUACGUCUAUAUGAACUGGUACUUCCGCGAAGCCUCCGUAUCUAUCUAUGUGACCACUCUCCCUGGAAUAUGGGUGUUCCUGAAAGAGAUGUUCCCGAUCAUCCAAAGACUCACAAGCCGGCCCGCUACGAAACCUACCAAUUCACGAACUGGGGAUAACCACAAACAGAACUCUUACUGGAAUGAGCCUAGCAGACAUAAUCGCAGCCAGUUCGAUGCUAAAGAUCUGGAUUUUGACUUGGACACAUAUCCGAUCAGCAAGUCCAUGAUCACGACGGCAGAGACUGAUCUCGGCAGUCAUGGGGUCGGCCAUGGCGACAGCGGACAUGGGGAUGCUGAUUCGACGAGCUCCACGCGAUAUGAAGCCGGGCUAAACGAGAUCAGAUGCGAUACGACGUUUACAGUUGAGAGCAUUCCCAGGGGUCGACCUUGA